CAGGAUCCAUACAACCAAACAAAUGGCUGAUCUCAGUAAAGAAGAGAAGAAUGUAAAAUGCAUCGAGUGCUCUGCAUCAUUUCAACCAAGCAAUAUUGUAUUUUUUUGUCCCCAUUGCAAAAAGGGUCCCAUGUGCUCUGGAGGAGCUGUAGUAGAAACCUCAGAUGCAUCAACAAAUGAGAAUUUAGAACCUGAAGAAGGCACUUCAAGGAAACAAAUAUCUUCUUUAGAAGAUAUGUCGAAGGCAGACUUAACAGACUCUCACAGAAAAACGCUCUUUACCUCAGGCAUUCGUGGCAACACUGCAGAAUGCAAAGUCCCACAUACACGAAUAGAUGAUGGAGCAGCUAUUCAGCAAAUCUAUUCUUUUGGAAGGAAAUUAGGACAGGGAAGCUUUGGUGUAGUGAUUGAAGUAACACAUAAAGAAACAAGCACAAAGUGGGCAAUGAAGAAAGUGAACCGGGAAAAGGCUGGGAGUUCUGCUGUAAAGCUUCUUGAACGAGAAGUAAGCAUUCUGAAAAGAGUAAACCAUGAGCAUAUAAUACAUCUUGAAGAAGUGUUUGAGACGCCAAAGCGAGUGUAUCUUGUAAUGGAGUUAUGCGAAGAUGGAGAACUUAAGGAGAUUCUUCAGAGAAAAGGUCAAUUUACAGAGAAUGAGACUCGGCAUAUAAUCCAAAGUCUUGCAUCAGCAAUUGCUUAUCUCCACAAGAAAGAUAUAGUUCAUAGAGAUUUGAAAUUGGAAAACAUUUUAGUUAAAAGCAGUGACAUUGAUGAACAAAAUGAAAUGAAAUUAAAUAUAAAGGUAACUGAUUUUGGUUUAGCUGUUCAAAAGAUGGGAGGAAGUGAAAGCAUGUUCCAGUCUACCUGUGGGACUCCUAUCUAUAUGGCUCCAGAAGUGAUAAGUGCACAUGACUAUAGCCAACAAUGUGAUGUCUGGAGCAUAGGUGUCAUUAUGUAUAUGCUAUUAUCUGGUGAACCACCUUUUAUGGCAAGUUCGGAAGAAAAACUUUUUGAAAUUAUAAAAAAAGGAGAUCUUCAUUUUAAACAUUCGGUCUGGCAAUCAGUCAAUAAAGCUGCUAAAAAUGUAUUGCAGCUGCUUCUGAAAGUAGAUCCUGCCCACAGAAUCACUGCAAAUGAACUGCUUGACUGCCAGUGGAUUACAGGUGAAACAGACAUUGUUCAGAGGCCAUUUAAUGUCCUUGAGUUAAUGAAGAAGUGGAAUAGCAGCAGCAGCAGUACCACACAGCCUGCAGAAGUAGGAGUCCUUGAAGAUGGACUGAAUGGAGCACCACCUGCCUCACAACAGGAAGAAAUUCGUGAAGGGCAAGAUAGCCCUGUCAGCAGCAAUGGCAAUUCAGAUCCCAAUAUAGAAACAGAAACAGAGAGUGGGAGCAGCAAACCCUCAACCCCAACAAAACAAACUAACAAGAAAAAAAAUCAUACCAAUGUUUUACCAAAUGGGACUUAUAGAAAGAAGACUUCAUCUGUCAAAUCAACCUCCAGUAUUCAGAGUGGUGGAAUUGGAUCAAUGUCUCCAAAACUAGCUGCAAAACGAAGCACAGAAAAUCAAGAGAAGAAAAUUGAAAUAGACAAGCCUUUGAGCCAAGGACUUUCAAGCAAAAAUACUCAAAAAACCACUGCCCAUAGUGGCUUACACAAAAACAAAAAGAAAUCUUAGAAGAAUCCCACUUUUCAAAAUGUAAGUCUUACAAAGUAACAAAUGCCAGUGCCAAAAUGUGGCAGCUCUAUAAAAAAGGACCAAUGUAUCUUGAACUUCUAUGCUUCUUGUUGUUAUUCUGAGACCUGUAACCAUCAAGAGAAGUCUAGUUUUGCAAUACUGCUGAUACGUGUUCUAAGGCAGUGUGAAUUCCUAAACAAUGUGAAGGCAUCCACUGGUAGUAUUACACUCAGAGCAGAGAAUUGUGUGAAAUUUUUGUCUUUUAUUUAUUGUACGCUAACAGGCAUCAUUCAGGCAAGCAACCAGUUUCUUUGAAUCCACUUGUAUUUGUCUAGGACUGCUUUCUAUUGUCAUAAAGAUUUGUGAAAGGAGGAAAGAAAAUUGGAAGCCAAAAUAUGUAAUGGUGAAGUGAUGAGGUUAUUUUUUAAGUAACCGCAUUUUGCACUUGUGAGAAAUUGAUAGGAUUUUGUUAAUAAAACUGUAGGCAUUAUAACUGGUGUACCAAGGUCAAUUAAAUUUGUUUCUAAUUCUUUAUGCAUUAUAUUUGUUGGAGAAUUUACUUUAAACAAUUGUAGAUAUUAUGAAAAUCGCCAAGGUUAAUCUUGCUGCUAAAAUGCUUGUGCAUUUAAAUAAAAGAGAUCUUAGAAAAGUGUAUUUCACAUGCUAGUUCAUCUUCAUUUUUAAAAUAAAGAUGGAUUGUUCUGCUAA